AUGGGGGAAGAGCGAAGAUCCGUCCGGUCUUUGCCGGAUAUCACCUCGCCCCCUGACCCUGCUAGUCCAUCGUUCUUACACCACAGUGGACCACAUCCAUAUCGAGACAGUGGAUCUCGACCUCGAUCAACAUACGAUCUGGCCUUUGGACGUUCUACCAGUGCAAAGCCAAUGCAACGAUCGUUGCCUAACCCUUCUCACUUCAACGAACCCGGACCAAGCUCGGCGGGAUCAAGGUUCAGACCACCCCGCUCGGAAUAUGCUCAAAAUGUCAUGAACCAAGUCGGACCACCACCCCUGGCACCGUAUGUCACAGCUGAUAGACGGUAUCAUGCACCCAAACCAUCUUCUCAACAGUGGCUUGGACCCGAUGGAAGACGUUCAGAAGCACAAGACAGACCGGUAUUCCCACCUCCUCCAAAACCACCACCUCCGCAUAUAGUCGCUUCUACCUCUUCUUCCUCAUCCUCCUCGACAUCACGCCAUAAUAGACCAGAUCUUCCUUCAUUCCAACCUCGCUACUAUUCUCAUUCACCUGAGAGCUCGGUAAUACAACACCAAUCACUACAUCUUGACAGGCCAACAACGACGACUCACUCAACUCGAUAUCCUACCAUUUCCCGCCCUCCCGAGGAAUUCACUGCUGCACCUGAUCGUAAUUCCUCUUACUAUUCUCAUCGAAUACCGCAUACUUCUCCUUCGUCGUCUUCUAGUCUACACAACCGACCCUAUCAACAUGGUGAAACUCUUAGUCGAACUCAUUCUCAUGAAUCCCAACAUUCCCAUCACUCUUACUCGAUGCAACGAGAGCAUUCCGGAGGGUCGAGUAUCAGCGAAUCGAGUCAUACUGGCACUUCAUCGUUGCAAUUUGGACAACCUUAUCCUAUGGGUGGGUACAAAAAAAAGAGGACUCGAGCCUUGAUGACUCACAUGCAACAAUCGGGCUUGACGAGACUUUGGAGAAAGACUAAAUUUCCGACAGGCGCAGACAGAGAGAAGUUGGGCCAGGAGAUUGGAUUAACACCUCGUCAAGUUCAAGUAUGGUUCCAAAAUCAACGUCAAAAGGGUCGAAAGGCGAUAAUGGUGAAUGGUGGGAUACCUGAAGGAGAGGAUCCAGCGGAUUAUGAAGAUCUGCAAAAAUCACCUAGGUCUCGUCGGCUGUCGGUCGAUGGAGAUGAUAGAGAGAGGAUAUCGGCUUGGGCUGGAAGUUCGAACUCAUCCGCUUCGACUAGAUUGUUGUUAGAUCCUCCCUCUUCCGCUGGAUCGAAUUUCCAUGAACCGAUGAUUCAUCAACGGCCACCAUUCGCAUCUUCGUAUCAUGAUGAUCUACCACCGCCACGCAGUGCCAUAUCGCUGAGAAGUCCGUCACCUUACGAACGAUGGGAACAUGAACAAAAGGAUCGUGGCGUAGGGGAAGAAAAAGGGAAACAAGCAGACCACAAUCGUCCACAUCAUCCACAUCAUCACCAUAGAAGAUCACACUCCCACUCUUAUGCUCAUUCGCUCUCUCACCCGCAUUCUGAACCGCACAGCCACUCGCAUCACCCGACUGGUCUACCCCGACACCCGACCUAUCCUUCGACGACUGCAUCCUCUUCACGUUCUUAUCAUAAUCAUUUUCAUCAUCAUCAUUAUCAUCAUCCUCCAACAAGUGGCGAUCCAAGUGGAAGAUUACCACCUAUCUCACCUAAUUGGGAUGUUAACAGUGGAGAGACUCGACAACCUUUCCCAUCGGUUCUCGAGCCUAUAUCUCAAUCUUCAUAUCUACCAGCUAUACUCUCACCUUUAUCUACAAGUAGUUCUUCUCGACCUGAUACUCAACAAACCCAGACUCAGGGAGAAGGACAGGGCUGGACACCAUUACCUAUCAAACGAAGGAGAUCAUCACCUAGCUUGAUAUCUGAAUCAAUCAUCAAACCUACUUACCCAGGUAAUAUUGAGCCUUCACAGACUCAUCAGGAGGAUAUCAGAUUCAUUAGAUCUAGAUCAUAUUCUGGUGAAGAUCAUCCUCACCCUGAACCUCAGGUCGAAGCCGAACAAUCAUUUGUUCCCGGUAGUCAUCUACCACCCGAACUAGCUAGGAUAGCUAUAGCUGGACCUUUAGAGAGGAUGCACACUGCUCAUCAGGAAGGUGAAGGAGAGGGAGAAGAAAGGGGAUUGGACUUGGUAUUACCGAGAAUUAGUCAAUCCCUUUCUCCGAUCGGUUCUGGAGCCGGACACAUCGGUGAUCAGGGAAGAGGUGGAGUCUACGUGAAAGGUCGAUCGGAAGAACCGGUUGAGAAGGAUGUAAGGAGUGGACUAGAGAAAGAAGAAGGUGACGGUGAUGAAUCAGCCAGGACAAAGGAAUUGAGACAACCAACUUCGUCGAAUCUCAGGAAUUUAUUGGAUUGA